AUUGCGAUUUUCUUUUUUCCUCCUCUCUCUCAAUAAAUAAUUAAGAGAGGAAGGCAUAGUCUCAAGGAACAAGUUGAUGUUUGUUAAAUCAUUAAUGGAGUUAAAGGGCAUUUCCAAUUGGGAGACCUUUUUCUUUUUUUUUCUUUCUUCUUUUAUGUUUCUUGCAUUUUGCUUUCGGUUUCUUUUUAUUUUGGUCCUGACUAAUGAUCAUCUACCCUAUGGUGUCAUUAUCAAGCCUAUUUCUUUAUUCAUUUUACUAUAAUUUCUUGUUUGGAAUCUAAACUCAAUAACCGGCCAUACCUUAAUAAUAUUUUUUUCAUUAGACUAUUUCUCAAUCAUCAAUGCCACAAAUGUUUUCCAAGCAACAUUAAUUUCAGCUGGUUUUCGUUUAAGGGCAAUCAAGGGGUGAUUCAGUUCGAGUUCUUGAGGGAGAUAAUAUGACCCUUUACAAUUAACUGAUUCCAGGCUUUCUUUUUGUUUUCCUUUUGUUUUUCAAAGCAGUAAAUAGCACAUUCUUUAAUGAAGGAUUCGAUUCAGCCAAGGCUAUACAGCUGCUAUAGAUGCAGAAACCUGGUGUCCUGUCAUGAUGAUAUUAUCUCCAAGAGUUUCCAGGCAAGCAAUGGCAGAGCCUUUCUUUUCUCGCAUGCAAUGAACAUAAUUGUAGGACAUAAAGAGGAUCGGCAGAUGAUUACUGGUCUCCAUACGGUUGCUGAUGUCUACUGUUCUGACUGCGGAGAGUUGCUGGGUUGGAAGUACGAGAGAGCUUACGAGGAAUCGCAGAAGUACAAGGAAGGAAAAUUCGUACUCGAAAAAUUCAAGAUUGUCAAGGAAAACUGGUAGCAAUUUGUUUCAUCUUAUAUCAGAUGGAGAAUCUAUUUUGAUUGAUUGUUUUACGUCUCAUUGUUUGUACGUACAAAUAUCUUUCAUAUCGCAACUCAAUAACUCGCAUUGUACUGGUGGCGGCUUGUAAUCCAAUUAAAACAAGUGAAUGUUUGUCUGUUUAGUAA